AUGUCAACAUUCAACGGCAUCGUUUCUGAAUUUCCAGAAAUCAGAAUCGACUUCUUUAGGAGAAACCCGGACCAGCUGCCACCAUUAGCCUGCUUCUUGAGCCAUGUCCACAGCGACCACCUGGCUGGUCUCGACGCUCUGCGAUCCCCCUUUGUUUACUGCUCCCUUGCCACAAGAGAGAUUUUGCUGCGUCUGGAAAGGUUCCCCUGCAGAAUCAACCACGCAAGGGGAAUCGUUGAAGCCCGGCAGCAAACUUAUAAGCAUCUGCGCAAGGUUCUGAAAGCACUUCCUUUGGAGGCUCCGACGAGGCUACAGUUGCGCCCGGGAUACGAAAUUCAAGUCACACUCUUUGAUGCCAACCACUGCCCCGGCUCUACCAUGUUUCUUAUCGAAGGCCAGGGGAAAGCGGUGCUGUAUACCGGGGACGUUCGCGCUGAGCAAUGGUUUGUCUCCUCGAUUGCGCGGAAUCCAGCGAUUCUUGAGUACUCGUCCGGCUUGAAAAGACUAGAUAAGAUGUACCUGGAUACUUCAUGCCUCGAAGACGUCCCAUUCCAGACAAAGUCUGAAGGUAUUGUUGACCUUUUGACGAAAGUAAUCAAGUAUCCUCCAAACACAGUCUUUCACUUUUCCUUUUGGACGUUUGGAUACGAGGAGGUUUGGGUUGCGCUGUCCAAAGCUCUCGAUUCUCCUAUUCACGUGGACCAGUACAAGUUACGAAUAUAUCAGUCACUGAAAAGUAGAACGUCAGACGACCCGUACUCGCCAGACUUUCACCAUACCGUUGGUAUUGCUGCCUUGAAUGGUCACAUGUGUGGUAAUACUCAGCAUCAAGGCUGCCUCACAUCAGAACAGAAUGUGCGCAUACAUAGUUGUGAAAAGACCAAUAUGUGCCCCGUUGCCAUGGGCCCUGACGUGGUUUCCAUCCGACCAGUCGUGUGUCGCCUCCCUAGCGGACAAACAGUCGCGGAAGUGGGUGUAGGUGGAGGUGGCACGGAUCUGUCUCGCGAAGCUGCCUUAAACUGGAUUCCUAGCAAUGACAUCGAAGAGCUACUUGCCUCCCUACCCGCAAGUGGCGGAAUAAACGGUCAAAUGAAACAGGAGCUCGCGGUCGUGUUGAAAAACAUGGCAGCCAGUGGUCGAGAUCUGUCUUUGAACAUGGGCAUUGAGGAAUUCAACGACGAACUAUCUGCCGACAUGACGGCUGCGCUGGAAUCUCUCCUUGAACGCUUGCGCCAUGAGCCAACGGGAACCGAGGCGACUCAUGCCAGCCCACGAGCCGACGGGUUGCCCAGUGUGAUACUAUUCCCGUUUGCGAGACAUUCUUCUUACCGCGAGCUGUGCCAUCUCACGCAAACAUUCCAGCCCAAGGACGUCUGGCCGUGUACAGUCGACCAGUGGUGGAUACGCAACAGAGCGAGUGUUGGGUCUCUGUUCGGCAGGUAUUGCUCCGAAGCCAUCUUCGAAUUUGACCAACAGCGAGCAGCUCUUUUCAGCCAGGAGCAAGGGGUAAGCUUCCGGCAACAACAGAUACCAGACUUUGACACUCAAACCAGCGUCGGCCACGAAACAAUAAGCCUGGUAAGCAGUCAUGAGACAGCCAAUGCUGAAAAGGGCCUGAAUGAGCCUGUUUCAGAAAAGGCCGCGGGUUGUGAAGCAGGUCUGCCAGCCCCGAAGCAACUCUCCCCAAACGCUUUCCCGGCAAGGCUGUCAAUAUCAACCACGAACCUGCUCUCUGAAAGCGAAUUGCCCACAUCUGGGAAUCAAGAUGGGCUGGACUCUCCAGCUCAGUGGGGCGACUGCUCGGUUUCCGUGUCGCAAACGCUGUCACACAACGAGCCUGACGAUCCAAGCCAGGCUCUUGCAUCCCAUCUCGAAGCGGAUUCUCAAACCACAAACGUGUCGGAAUCUUCAACCAUAUCCCCGGGCCAUUCUUUGCUGCGCCGCGAAGCGUACAGUGUCAUGGUGCGAAACAGCUCCAACGGCGACACUUGGGAACCGAUAUCUCUGCUCUCAACCGAUGGCAAUCACCAAAGCGCGGACGUGGAGUUGUGA